AAUCAGUUUGCGCUUAACAUUCGACAGCAGAGUACAAUCAAUACCCAAUUACAAAAUGGAUUUCUAUUAUAUGCCCGGCUCCACAACCUGCCGAUCAGUGAUCAUGACGGCGAAAGCUCUGGGCGUCCAACUGAACAAGAAAAUUGUGAAUACCCUGCAGAAAGAACAAUUGAAACCAGAAUUUCUGAAGAUCAACCCGCAGCAAACGAUUCCAACGAUCGUGGAUAAUGGCUUCGCACUGUGGGAGUCGCAUGCCAUUCUGAUCUACCUGGUUGAGAAGUACGGCAAGGACGACUCGCUCUAUCCCAAGGAUCCCAAGCAACAGGCUAUAGUCAAUCAGCGCCUAUACUUUGACAUGGGUGUGCUGUACAAAUCAUUCACUGAUUAUUUCCACCCAAUAUUCCUGUUGAACAAGCCCGGAGAUCCUGAAGGCUUCAAAAAGAUCGAGACUGCCCUCGGUUUCCUCAACACCUUCCUCGAGGGUCAAGAGUACGUGGCUGGCGAUCAUUUAACCAUCGCUGAUAUUGCCAUUGUGGCCACCGUUUCUACAUUUGUGGCUGCCAAUAUUGAGCUCAAGAGCUACCCAAAUGUGGCCCAGUGGUACGCCAAUGCUGAGAAGGUAGUUCCUGGCUGGUUGGAAAAUUUGGAAGGUAUGGCCCAGAUGAAGCAGUGGUACGAUGCUAAAGUGAAAGACGUGAAAGCUUAAAUUAUUUUCCAUUAAAACUAUAAAGGUUUUUAUUGAUAAGCAGUUUGUGCAAUAAAUAAUAAUUACUAAAUGAUAAUAAUUUUUGAUAUGAAAUCUCUGAGCUAUUGCGAUCCCUAUAGUGGGCAUGAUCAUGUUUUUAAUACUAUAGAAAAGGUUUUUUUUUCGGUUUGUCAAAUUAACAAGUCAAGCGCAACUAAUUUUUAGCUUUCAAAAACAAAAAAUAAUAUUAAUAACAAGAAAUAAAUAAAUAAAACAAAAUAAUAAUAAAU